UUUGAUAUCAACUCGAUAACACUAAGUCAAUCGGGUCUUGGAGGACAGGUCCUACCUCAGCACAUCCGACCCGAAGUUCAAAGUUCAUCGUCACAAUGUGCGUGACACAUAUCUAUACCGAUUGUUACCCCAACCGAACAGUCGAAUUUCACCAAACAAUAGUCUGUUCAGAUUCGAAAGAUGGGAUCUCCUGCCCUGCUCAUAUCACCAAUGAACAUCCUCCUCGGACUCUCAAAUCCAAUGAUGAACGCUCUAGCAAAGAAUAUAUCGACCAAGGACUACAAGUACCUUCUACAUCCAAACCUUCACCUCAUAAAUCCGCAACUGCAACUACAUAUCGUUACUCUCAAGGUGACAAGAAAGAUAAACCUUCCGGUCGAGAACCUCGUCUUCGUCUUGUGAGAAAGAAGAGUGCUUUAGUCUCAGCUUUUACACCACGUCGCAAACAUCCCAAAGAACGUAUCGUUAUCGUCGAUGCACCGGAUAGUCCACAAGGCUCCAAGGCUCUUCAAAAAUAUGCUCCAGAUUCUCCCGCAACUGAAGAGUUUCAAUCUAAGACUCUCUUAGCAGCUGAGCAUGCUCAUCGUCAAGAAUCAGCUAGUCCAAGACGUGGUCCUAAUCACAGUCUCAAUCCUGUUCGUACUGUUGUUAUAGAUCAACAUCGCGAUAAGAGAGAACGUAGCAGAGAAAGACCUUUGCAAGUCCUUCCAAUAUUAUUAAAACCUGAACCACCUUCGCGCUCAGCAAGUCAUGACAGGGGAUUGAUUGAUAUGCGCAUUCGUCGUGAAGAAGAGGAGAGGGAAAGAGAGCGACAAAGAGAUUAUGAGAGAGAAAGGGAGAAGAGCUUUGAGUUGGUUCAUGAAGCAAGAAGGGAACAAGAAAGGGAGAAGGAUGAAAUGAGAAAGAUAACGGAGGAACUAGAGAGGGAAAGAAUAAGGAAAGGGAAGAAUGAAGACGAGAAGAGGAGGGAGAUGGAGUAUAAGAAAUUCUUGGCGGAUAGAGAACGGGAAAGGGAACGAGAAAGAGAAAGAGAGAAAGAAGUCGAGAGGCAAAAAGCUAGAGACAGAGAAGAGGAAUCAGCAAGGGAGAGAAAGACGAAGAGAAGAAGAAACCCGAAGAGCGGACGACCACGAACGGAAGAGACGAGAAGAAAAGCAUAGGCAUGAAAGAGAAAGAGAACGUGAGAUAGAAGGAAGAGAGCGUGAAAAGGAUGCU